CUACUAUGUAAUAUGACGUAAUUUUUCUUGUCGCGCCAAAACUUUGUUUUGGUGGCGUAUUUUGUUGUAAUAAACACUUGUUGCGAACUGCUGUGAAAUUUAAUGGCUUCAAAACCCGACGAAAGAGUUAUUGUGUUAGUGGAUAUGGAUUGUUUUUAUGUGCAAGUUGAGCAGAAACUUUGCCCGAAAUAUUUUGGAAAACCUUGUGCUGUCGUACAGUAUAACACUUGGAAAGGUGGAGGAAUAAUUGCUGUCAAUUAUGAAGCUCGUGCUCGUGGAGUUACUAGAAUGUUGAGAGGAGAUGAAGCUCAGAAGUUGUGUCCAGAUAUUCAUCUUUUCCGAGUGCCUGAAGUUCGUGGCAAAGCUGAUUUAACAAAGUAUAGAGAAGCUGGAGCAAAAGUUCUGGAUGUACUUUGUGAGUACUGUGAUUGUGUUGAAAGAGCAAGCAUUGAUGAAGCAUACUUAGACAUGACAGCCGUUAUAAAUGCAAAAUUGCAGUCAUCGGUUUCGUGUGACCAAAUCCCAAAUACCUAUGUUGUUGGUUGGGGUGAUGAAGAAGAAACGAGGAAAACUGAAGUUGCAAAGUGGCUACAAAUGAUACAUGAAGAAGACCACUUAUACAAUGACAAAAUGUUAGCUAUAGCGGCUGUAAUAACCGAAGAAAUGAGAGCUGCAGUUUUUUCCAAAACUGGCUACAGAUGUUCUGCUGGAAUAGCUCAUAAUAAGAUGCUUUCAAAAUUAUCUUGUGGACUUCAUAAGCCUAACAAACAAACAGUUUUACCUCAAGCAUCAAUUCAAUUACUGUAUAGCACAAUACCUAUUAAUAAGGUGAGGAAUCUAGGAGGGAAGCUUGGUAAAGAAGUAACUGAAAAAUUCAAUGCAAAAACAAUGGGUGAAUUGUUUAAUGUAUCUAAGUCUCAGUUUGUGGGCUCUUUUGGUGAAAAAACUGGGUCAUGGUUGUACAAUUUAGCCAGAGGAAUAGAAAAUGAACCUGUAAUUGCUCGACAGCUUCCAAAAUCUGUUGGGUGUGGCAAAAAUUUCCCUGGUAAAAAAUCACUAAGCACAAAAGAUGAGGUGAUGCAUUGGCUGACACAGCUUUGUACUGAACUAGAAGAGCGACUUACUAAAGAUAAAGAAAAUAAUCAAAGAAUUGCUCGUUUGUUGACAAUAUCAGUCAGAAACAAAGGAAAUGAAGGAUUCACAGCCAUUUCAAGAUCUUGUCCUAUAUAUGUAUAUAAUUCUCAAAAACUGACUCAGGAUGCUUUCAAUGCAAUUCAAAAGCUGAAUAUUGGUUCUAAUUCUUCAUGGGAGCCAGCUAUUUGCAGUCUAGCGAUUUCAGCGAGCAAAUUUGAAGAUGAUAUAUCAACUGGAACAUCGGACAUUCAAUCGUACUUUUUUAACAAAACCCCCACCAAGGCUCCAUUUAAUGCAGAAAAAAAGUCGAUAAAUAUUGAGACUGAAAAUAUUUCUCAUAAUUGCAAAAAUGUCGAAGAUAAAGUAUUAAACUGUGAACAAAUGGAGAAAGCAAAAAUGAACAUCACUAGCUUUUUCAGUCCGCUAGCACACAGCUCUAAAAAUACAGAUUUUGGUGGUAAUGUAUGUGCUGUGGAUUCAGAACUGAGGAGCAAAGAUGCCAAUAAAUCUGAUGAUAGCAUUCAGUCAAUAAAUACAGAUGAUAUAAUGAAUGAAAGGCCAAAUACUGCCAUAUCUGCACAGCAAAAUUUACAAAUGGACAAACCUGAAACAGUGAAGGGAUUUUUUGCAAAAAAACUGGCUGAAAUGAAAAUGUCAACUCCUGAAAAGUCUGCUACUACAGUUAAAUCUAAUAACUGUAGUAGUGCAAACGCAUGUUCUGAAGAAGAUUCUGUAAAAUGUGAUGUUUCAUCACAAAAUGGAUUUUUAGCUGAUUUUUCUUGUGUGCCAUCUACUUCAAAAGACCAAUAUUCAGAACUAGAUCCUGAAUUGACUAAAAUGUGUUCAAAAUGCAAUAAAAAAAUUCCUAUUUGGGAAGAAGAGGAACAUAUGGAUUACCAUAUUGCUUUAGAUCUUUCAAAAGAAUUCAGAACUCAAUCUGUAGGGAAAAUUAAUAUACCUUCAAAAAGUCAUGUUUCUUCAAUGUCAAGGAAGGGCAGCAAAAGAGGUGCUAAAUCAAAAUUUCCACUUCCUAAAAAAAAAUCCAUGCAAUACACACUAGAUUCUUUCAUAAGUAAUGAAAAAUAAUUGAGCACACUGAGUUCUUGUUUUAACUAUGUAAAUUGAAAUAUUUAUCAACUGUUAAUUUAUAUGAUUUUUUUUUCUAUAAUGAAAUUAAGUAGUUGCAUGUAAAAUGUUUAUUAUUAAAAUUAUAUUUCAUUAA